GUGUCCACACCAGGCUCAUGCUGCAGGACACGGAGCAACACGACCGGAGAGAUCCUGAGGUCCACGCUGAGAUCACAGCGGAGCGGCUGGUGUGCGUGUUGCAAAAGGGUUGCAAAGGCCAUUACAACGGCGUGCAACAUCUCCGAGGCUCCCGAGACGGUGGCGGAGGCGCAGAAGCGUAACAUGUACAAGAUGUGGGCGCAGGUCGUAGCCACCAGAUCUCGGCGAUGUGUAGCGUGCAUGGUGUUGGCGUGCAUCUUGCUCACCGUGCAGGUCAUCACGCGCCAGGUCAGACAAGAGACCGUGGUGGACGAGAGUAUGAACUCUCAGCAGCUAACGACUAUGUUGAAAGAAGACGAAGAGGCUUUCAAGCUUCCGAUCGUGCCGCCCAAAGGCUUUGAUCUGAGAGCGGCGCAAUCCGGGAAGGCGAAAGGGGACAUCUUGAAGAAUCUCUCAGAACUCGACAUCAAGCAGUUGCAGAAAGUGCAGCAAUUCGUCAAUUCCGCACAGGACCCCCAGGCAGUUGAAGAGUUUCGAAUUGAACAAGCCCUCCAGUCACUCAAAGUUCGAUUAUUAGAGGAAAUUAGCGGGCAGAAGUUCCCGGCGAUCUUGGACGCAGCAACGCGCGGCCAGGCGAUCUCCGACCGAGCCCGCCCCAGCCGACGCCAGAUCGUGAUAUCGACGACAUGGCGCUCAGGCUCUACUUUCCUGGAGGAGCUGCUGUCGUCACACCCCGCCGUCUACAACCACUACGAGCCACUCAUGCAGUUCGGCCUCAGGCAGAUCCGCGAGGGACAGGACUCGGUCAAGGCGCAGAAUCUGCUUCAUGACCUUCUUGCGUGCAGGUAGAUCACUUGAGUUGCGG